AUGACUGUCCUGAAGGUGAACCGGAUGAUGGAAGUUGCCUUUGAGAAUGACCUCCCUCUUAUCUCCUUGGUCCAGUCGGCUGGGGUCUUCCUCCCCCAACAGUUCCGUGUAUUCCACAAAGGUGGACAGCUCUUUCGGGACCUUGCGGUGCGCACACAACAUGGCAAGCCGUCGUGCGCCAUUGUGUUCGGGUCAUCCACCGCAGGCGGCGCAUAUCAUCCCGCAUUAUCUGACUACACGAUCUUCGUAGAGAACCAAGCGCAGGCGUUUCUCGGCGGUCCUCCGUUGGUGAAGAUGGCUACUGGAGAGGAUAUUGAAGCAGAAGAACUGGGCGGCGCCAAGGUCCAUGCGAUGACUACUGGACUGGCCGACCAGAUCGCGGUUGACGAGUUUGACGCUAUCCAAAAGGCCCGGGAAUGGAUGGCUUCUCUUGAGGCCCGUGAGCCGCGAGUGCCAGGCCUGAUUGAACCUGCAGCUCCACGGUACCCAGUGGAUGAUUUGCUCGCCCUUGUCAAUCCAGAUAUUCGGAAGCCAUUCGAUAUGCGCGAGGUGCUUCUUCGAAUCCUCGACGAUUCUCGCCUGUCGCUCUUUAAGCCUAAAAACACACCGAUUAUAUUCCUCCAUAACGUGACAGGCUUCAUGGUCGGGGCCAAAGCCGAACACAACGGCAUCAUCAAGAUCGGAGCCCAGCUAGUCUCGGCCGUGAGCUGUUCCACAGUGCCCCAUAUUUCUAUCAUUCUGGGAGCUUCCUACGGCGCCGGUAACUACGCGAUGUGCGGGAGGGCGUACCGGCCGCGGUUCCUAUUUACUUGGCCUACCGGACGAUGCAGCGUCAUGGGGCCGGACCAGUUGUCUGGCGUGAUGGAAAGAGUCCAGAUCGCCAGCGCAAAGUCAAAGGGGCAAACCCUGUCCCCGGAGAAAUUGCAAAAGCAGGUCAAAUCGUUCCGUGAUGCCGUACAGGCGGAUGCAGCAUGCUAUGCUACCAGCUCCAUGCUCAUUGAUGACGGGAUCAUUGAUCCUAGAGACACGCGGGAUGUGCUUGGGAUGUGCCUAGAGGUGGUUUCUUUGGAAGAGUACACUGAUCCCAAAGCACACAUGGUGCUAAGACGACAUGGGUAUCUAUUUGCUACUAGAUCCACAGAUUUUAGUUGUGUUAAUCUGUUUACACCACCAAUUUUGACGAUGCAAGCCACGAAUCUGAAUAUGUCCUUUAAUCCAGGGGCUUUGAAUGCAGCUCCCCUUCGACCUCCCUUGUUUGUUGCACCAUCGCCUUUUGCAGAGAAUGGUCGACCUGUGAUACAAAGGCUGCUCAUUGCCAACCGUGGCGAGAUCGCCUGCCGCAUCGCUCAGACUUGUCGAAAGUUAAACAUCACUUCGGUCGCAGUCUACGCUGAUGAAGAUGCUUCUUCACGCCAUAUCAAGGAUGCAGAUGAAGCUAUCUGCAUCGGCAGCAUAGAAGGGAGCAGCAUUAACCCCUUUCUCAACGCAGACCUCCUUGUUCAGACUGCAGUCUCUGCUGGUGUACAGGCAAUCCAUCCCGGAUAUGGCUAUCUCAGCGAAAACGCAGAAUUUGCCGACCGCGUUCGCGAGGCAGGGCUCAUUUUCAUCGGACCAUCAGCCCGUGCUAUGUCAACUCUUGGAGACAAGCGCUCGUCGAAGGACUACUUGCGCGAGCACGCCCCUGACGUUCCUCUAGUCCCGGGUUUUGCGGGGUCAACGCAAGAUGCUGAGAGUCUUGCGUCCGCCGCAGCAGAGAUCGGCUUUCCUGUUAUGCUAAAGGCAUCUGCCGGGGGCGGUGGAAAAGGAAUGCGGAUUGUGCGCGAGGCAGGCCAGUUGAAAGAGGAGCUUGAGCGCGCAAAAUCCGAGGCACAGCGCUCCUUUGGCUCUAGCGACCUGAUCUUGGAGAAAUACCUCGAAAGCAGCAAGCAUGUGGAAAUUCAGAUCGUUGGUGACAGCCAUGGGGAGGUCCUGUCUUUUGGGGACCGCGACUGCUCUGUCCAGCGGCGACAUCAAAAGGUCAUUGAAGAGACGCCGUGUACAUUUCUCGCGGAGCAGGUCAGACAGAAGAUGGCAGCAACGGCAGUGCGUAUUGCGAAACUCAUCGGAUACGAGAAUGCCGGCACGGUCGAGUUUAUUGUCGAUGUGCAGACGGGCAGGUUCUACUUUCUCGAGGUCAACGCGCGGCUCCAGGUCGAGCAUCCGAUCACGGAGGAGGUCACUGGUGUGGAUCUUGUUUCAUUGCAGCUGUUUGUGGCUGCUGGAGGUCGGCUGCGUGGCCUGCCCGUUGCGCAGGAUUUGAAAUUGCGCGGCCAUGCAAUCGAGUGUCGUCUUUGCGCUGAGGAUCCGCAGAGAAACUUCUUCCCGGAGCAUGGAGUGGUUCGUCUUUGGCGGCCGUCACCCACCACCGUGGGUGACCGAGACGUUCGUUUCGAAACGGCUAUCCAAACCCGCUCAACCGUGUCCAUCUAUUUCGACUCCAUGAUCGCAAAGGUUGUUGUAUGGGCACCGACGCGGGCAGCGGCUAUCGAAAAGAUGAUCAAGGUGCUUGCCAGUACAGCAUGCGUCGGUAUCAGGACCAACCAGCUGUUCCUUCAGCGGUGUUUGACCAACCCAGCUUUUGCAGACCCUGGCUACACCACUGCAUUCAUUCCGUCGAACCUCCAGCAACUGCUCCUCGGGGCUCUGGGCGAAGGGGAAAGUGGUCCUGGAAUACAAAACGCCAUGUAUGCUAUUCCGGCGCUUAUAUUGCGUCGCCUUGCGCAGUACCGCGGCCAUGCGGUAACUCGGAAACCAUUUCAAAACGUUCGGAAACAGUUCCGCAAUCAGCGAUUUGACCCAGUCAAUGUGCACUGCGAUAUCAGCACACUAGUCGGGGAGGACGAUGCUCAGGCUUCGCGUAUGUGUCUGUGGUGCACAGAUGAUGGAUCUUCCCCUCAGAUGACACAAACUGUGCAUGUUAUACCACUCCCAGAGCCAGUGAAGCUGUCCGAGAGGAGCGAGACAUCUGCUGGCAAAGUUACGGCGCGCUACAAUGCAAUCAGUCAGGCGCUGCGUCGCGGCGAAGUUGUUUCUGGGCCGUCUUACCAGGUUUGUAUCAAAUCGCACCUUUCCAUCGAGCACGAGGCUCCGGACUAUAGUUUCCUCAGUCUCGACCUGGAGAUCAUGAUCAACGGAUCCAAGAUUCUUACCAACGUGGUCUUCCCCUCGGUAGCAUCCUCUCUGGGCCGUCUGUCGUCCACCCCGCAGCAGGUACUCUGUCACUUCCCUCAUCUCGGAACAUGGGUGGAGUUCCGAUGCUGCAGCCUGCUGUCGUUCAUGGAAAGCAUACGCUCGGUCGAGCAGAGUCAAGAUGCCGAACAGAAAAGCAUCACCGCUCCCAUGCCCUGUCGUGUUCUGUCGGUGGCGAAGAAGAACGGCGAUGAUGUUAAAGUCGGCGAAAGUGUCAUGGUGGUUGAAAGCAUGAAGAUGGAGAUGAGUAUUACAGCGAGUGCAAGCGGACGAUUCCGAACAAGUUGGAAGCAGGGCGAUGCAGUGGAGGAGGGAAAGGUCCUGUGUACAGUGGAAUAG